AUGAAAUUUAUCUUCUAUUUGGGUGUCCUUGCUGGGACAGUUUUCUCUGCUCACUCUGUGCAAAAAGAAGACCAUGCUCCCUAUCUGGCAUACCUCAGGUCUCACUUCAACCCCUGCGUGGGUGUUCUCAUCAAAGACAACUGGGUGCUAGCCCCAGCUCACUGCUACUUACCAAACCUAAAAGUGAUGCUGGGAAAUUUCAGGAUCAGAGUCAGAGAUGGCACAGAACAGACAAUUAACCCCAUCCAGAUUAUCCGCUACUGGAACUUUAGCCAUACCUCCCCACAGGAUGACCUCAUGCUCAUUAAGCUGGCGAAACCUGCCAAACUCAACAAUAAAGUCCAGCCUCUGCCCCUCGCCACCAACAAUGUCCGUCCAGGCACCACCUGUCUACUCUCAGGUUUGGACUGGAGCCAGGACAACAACGGUAGACAUCCUGAUUUAAGGCAGAACCUGGAGGCUCCUGUGAUGUCUGAUAAAGAGUGCCAGAAAACCGAACAAGGGAAAAGCCACAGGAACUCCUUAUGUGUUAAAUUUGUGAAAGUCUUCAGCCGAAUUUUUGGGGAGGUGGCCGUCGCUACCGUCAUCUGCAAAAACAAGCUCCAGGGGAUUGAGGUUGGACACUUCAUGGGAGGAGAUGUUGGGAUCUACACUGAUAUUCACAAAUAUAUACCCUGGAUUGAGAGUAUCACUAAAGAUAAAUGA